GCUCUCCCAUUGGUCGAUAUACAGACGUCAUUACAAUCUUUUGACGGCGUUGCGCAAAUUAUAAUUUUUGACUCUCACUCAUUGCGGCUGCCAUGUUUUUUUUCAUGUGGGGUGUGUGUGUAUAGAAAAUAUCAUGAUAAUUUCCCCGUAUAAACUACUAAGGCAGUAAGGGGUGCACCAAGUGCGUCAUUCGUUAGAGCUAGUGACAAUGAGCAAAUUCUACUAACGUCCGCCAGAGAGUCAAGCGAGAAACACUAGCAAAGAGAACGCCAAAGAAACAUUAAGCAUGUAUUAGUAAGGUGGCAUUAUAAAGGAUCGAUAUUAGCACACGGCCCUCGGCGAUUGAAAAAUGGACACUCGAUUUUUGAGCACGAUGAUUGUAUUUGCUAGCGAAAGAUAUUCUACCGGACAGGAUGCGUAAGCAUAAGAGACGGAGCCAGGCUUCUGCCUGCUGCCGCGCCGCCCACCGGCUGCACCCAACCUCGCGCGACUUCUGAUACCUGCACACUUACUGAGGACAUGCAGUGCCCAAUUGUUCAGAAAAGAGACGGUAACCGUGGCAACGUUAAAAUGAAGAUUAACAAUAUUAAGAAUCCGUACAGAAAGGAGUCUAAUCUGGACAACAUAGUUGAUCAGCUCUGCACCAGACUUCAAGAUAUCAAAGAUCAAGAAGGUGCUUCGACAGUAGGCAUGCCCACACGUUCUCUAGAACAAUCAGAGGCUGUGCGACGAUACUACGCUGCUUUCCCGGCUCUGAAGAAAGGAGAGGAGUCGCCCUUGCAGUACUACCUGCCGCCCCCGGCCUGGUGUCGCCGCGCCGAACCCUCGGGCAAAGUCAAAAUGCAAAGUGAACUGCUCGCGUCUAAGGAUUGGAACUCCAAAAACAAAAAGUACUCGUCGGGCAAGGAGCGCCGCAACUCGUACAACAACGCGUACCACGGGCCCAAGAAGAACAAGAAGCGCCACAACAGCUACGGGCGCGCCGCCGACGGCAAGCAGGACCUGCCCGAGUGGGUCACGCACGGCGAGCUGUGGGACAUGGACACGCAGGACCCCGUCACGGAGUUCAUCCGCGCCCUCGCGCUGGACGAGGGCUACGGCACGUGCGAGAACACCGUGACCGACGAGCUCAAGGAGCUGCGCGCCGAGCGCGGCCGCGGCGACGGGCUCGUGCCCGACUGGGCCGAUGACGGGCUCGACCUGGACGCCGACUGGGUGCUGGCCGACGACUUGCGCCCGCGCGCGCGCACGCCCGCCGAGGAGGAGCUGUACGCCAAGUUCGAGGCGAAGUUCGAUCGGAGCAUCGAGGCGCUGUGGUCCAAGGACCAGAACACGCCCGACGACGAGUACCAGGACCUGCCGAUCGACUUCCAGGACUUGCUCUCCUCGCCCUCCGACCGCAUGUUCGCCGAGCCGCCUGGCGCGCCGCCCGAGCGCGUCUGGGCCGUCGACCGCGCCGACUCGCCCACGCGCAUCGCCGAGCGCCUGCGCCCGCUCACCAUCGAGGACGAGCCCGCGCCCGCGCUCGAGCCCUGCGCGCCGUGCGAGGGCGAGGAGCUGCUCGACGCGCUGGCCGCCGUCGCGCACUCCAUGCGCUCCUUCACCGCGCUCAACCACAGCCGCGAGCGCAGCGGCUUCGCCGAGGUGCCACCGCGCCGCCGCCGACCGGAGCCCGCGCCGGCGCCGCCCCCGCCGCCGCCGCCCGCGCGCUCGCCCGCGCGCCGCGAGACGCUCGCCGCGGCGCGCACGCACUUCCGCCCCAUCCGCCGCGAGGCGGAGGCGGAGCCCGCGCGCUACGCCGACGGCGACACGUUCGACGUCAGCGGCGAGCUGGACCCGGUCGAGUUCCGGCGCAGCGAGUCGGGCGGCGUGUACCUCGCGGGCACGCGCGAGCGCUACCUCGAGUACCGCGCGGCGCGCGGCAUCGACUACGGGCGGCUCAACCUGACGGCCGCGCAGCGCUGCCCCGACCUGGACGACCCGGCCUUCCGGCUGCGCUUCCCGGUGCGCCAGACGGACGCGGCCGUGCAGACGGAGCGGCGCGCCGACGCCUGGGAGUGCGACGAGUGCGGCGGCCGCGCCAAGAAGAUGCGCCCCAGCGCCGUGCACAGCAUCUGGAGCGAGACGGCGUGCGGCUGCGCGGGCGGCGGCGGCGGCGGCGGCGGCGGCGGGGGCGGGGGCGGGGAGCGGCCGCCGCCCGACGAGCUGUCGCGCGAGUGGGAGGAGCUGCUGCGGGACAUCAGUGCGGCGCACCGCCUGUACGCCGGCGAGGCGGAGGAGGCGCCGCCCGCGGACCGCAAGCGCCGGCACAGCGCCGCGCUGCGCUGCGCCGCGCCCUGCUCGCACCCGCACGCGCGCUUCCUGCACUGCUGCGCAGGCGCGCUCGACCGCCCGCUCACGCGCUGACCGCCCGCGCCGCCGCCCCCCGCCGCCCGCCGCCCCACAGUGCCUUCUGAUCAAUAUAAAGUUUUGACAAGUUUCCUCUCCGGAAAUGCUCAUCGAACGUCCCGGCAGGCGGCCCGUCUGUUCUGCGCCGUGCACCGUAGCGGGUGGAUGUCUCACCGCGCGUUCCGUUCGGCGGAUACAGUUCACGUAGCGGCGAGUGUCCGAACGAGGCCACUUUGACGCGGCGUCUGCACACAGCACAUCACUAGCAUCCCAUUGUGCUCCACUAGCCCACGCCACCCCAUCGAGGAAACAACGCGACUCUGUUACGGAUAUUGUGUCAAGGUGGCCUCUAACGUUUCCUUUACUGAACGAUUAUAUUCCGUUCACUGUAUAUAUCGUCUAUCGAAGCUAUUUCUUGUUCGAAAUAAAAUAUUUAAUUGUAAUUUAGUGAUUCUCUUUCGUUACAGUCACACGAAUGUGCGAGGUAAAAAAAGAGGGUAUGCAAUAUAAAAUCGCGAAUGGUUGAAACUCCACUGAGCCGUCAGUGCACUUGUGGCAUCGGCACUAGUCGCACGACUCUGCCGUUUUGGAGUGGGGUUUAAAUUUGGAAAUCUAGCAAUAAUAAAUAGUUAAUUAUAAUCGAACCCUUUUAUGUGCUGAAUGAAACAGUUUGGAUAUAAAACAGCAAUAUGAAGUUCUAACAUAUCGUACGAUAUAGGUGUUGAGGGAAGGAAUAUAAUGAAACGAUUAGUUCAAUGUUUUUCUUUUUAGCGAUUUUAUAUUGAUGUAGGCGUGUUCGAUGGAAUGCUGACGCUUUUAAAUUUUAUCAAUAUUUAUAUAUGGUGACGUUGAAUUAUAAUAUGAAAUACGAUUUAUUUAUAUUUAUACAAAAGAAGAAAGAAAUCUUGGCCAGUUUAUUUAUUUCAUAAUUGUUUACAACUUAACAUAAUAGUAUUUACUUGUAUAGAAGUUAUGAAUUCUGAACUCGCAAGUGCCAGCAUUCCAAAGCGAACACAAAGGACGAUUCUAUAUAAUUCUUACAAAGAUAUCGUCCAGAGUUUAAAUUGAUUUUUGUUAAUAUGAGAAACUAGGUAAAAAGAACAGGUGUUUUAUUAUUUUCUCUUUUUUUUUUAUUUGUUGGAUCUUUUUUCGUUUAUGUUUUCCGGCUAAUGAGAUGUCAUUCGAGAAAAACUUUAAUAUGGUAGAUAAAUUUGUUUUCUGUUACGAAGAUUUUUGAAGGCGACCGAGGUUGGGUAGGACCUGGACUGCCGGUGUUGUACUGUCGCGUAGGUUACACGUUUUUGCAAAACAUAGACAAGUAGAGGUACCUAGGUCUUAGGCAUAAUAGUUCCAAAUUUUACACAAAAUAUCAAUUCAACGAAUAAUCCAUGCUUUUAUAAAAUUUUUAAUUUUCUUCUGAUUAGUUUUUUUGUUUAAAAUAGUGCAAAAUCCUAAGAUUUUGUAUUCUUUCUCUAUUAUUAUACAAAUAUCAAUUAUGUUUUAAUAUUUUGAUUGCACUGCACUUUAAUCUGUAUUUAAUUUUUCGAAAUUAAUAUUUAAGUUAUUCGAUACACGAUUUCUAACAAAAUGUAUGGCCAACCGUUGAUACCUCUACUAUGUCCGAGUACUUGAGAACGCAGUGUGGGUUAACGAAAGUCAACCAAUAUUUUGUAUUCUCAAGUAUUGUGAAUUAUGUUUGUGAAUAUAGGUGUUGUUGAGUGGUGGAAAUACGAUGUCGGACUCGUCCGUUAGCAGUUCGGACUUUACGUCCGUUCCGUUUAUAUCGCGGCUUACGGACGGAUCCGAUUAUACGGUUUUAACCAAAAGUGUUUAAGUUGAGACCUGACAAGAUAGUUGUGUAAAGGAGAAGUCUGAAAUUGGGCCCAUUUUUCUGAACGAUACAGAAAUGUAAAAUGUACUAAAAAUCUUGUAUAUUUCACUUGAUUACUCCAUUAGAAUCUUAGCCGAAAUAAUAUUCACAAACAGCGAAAAUUAGCUGAUUUUAUUAUUUUCACACCAAUCCAGCUUUGUAAACGCCUAACGUAGUGAUUUAUUUAUCCUCUGAUUCGUAUUUCACUGAUUGUCAGUUGUCUUUGCAAACGCGGACUGUCAAUGUCAAACUCAAUCAAACUCAAUCAAGAUGCCAUUGUCAAAUGUUAUUAUCAAACUGACAGUUUUCCCUACAGAUUUGACAUUAUUUAUUGUCCUAUUUUGAUUAAAUGUGUGAAUUUGAUGUCAAAUCCUUAAUAAAACAGUCUCCUGUCAGUUUGAAACCGAUAAUGCAAUGAAUUUUAUGCUAAAGGGAUACUUAAUUAUUGCUCACAGAUAUCAAGUAAUUUAUUGAUUAGGCAAAUAUAGAUUUCCUUGAAAAUUGGCCUCAUGAGUUCUCCUUAAUUGUCCUAAUUUAUGGCCAAUUUUCAGCUCUGUAUCAUUCGUAUUAUUUGGGCCCGAGUUGCUAUGGAAAUUGGGUUUCUCCUUUUCAGAUGUGCUAAUUGGUUCGCACUUUAAAAACCCUCAAUUCGACGUUUCACAUAGUACUGUCAUCCUUUUCUGUAGAUAACAUUGUGAAAAGGAUAGCAGAUAUUAGUAAAUUUUUUGUAACCUAAUUAGCACAAAAGAAUAUGAACCGAAAAUGUUUGAAAUUUAAAUUUAAUCAAGGAAAUUUGAAAAACCUUGGCAUUGCUCUUGGUAGAACACUUCAAGGAUCUUUUCAUUAUUGAAGUCCUUUUGCUAUGGAAUAUGAUGAGUAAAAUGCAUGGAUUUUUAUAAGGGAAAUUGCCAGUCUCAACUUAGACAAUUUCUGUACGUUUAUUUGUCCAACACUGCAAUUGCCAGCAAUAUUGCCGGCAAUAUGUCUGGGUGCUAUAAUAUAUAUUAGUAUUCGUUAUUAGAAGGCGGUGGACGGUUUGUUUUUAAUGGUUUGUCCAUUGUACGUCUUAAGAUUUUUUAAGCGGCGAUUUUAUUGAUUUGCCGCAUAAUGUAAUAAUGGUAAGGGUUGGCAGAUGUGGUUUUUAGUAUUGGAAAGGUAGACACGUCUGUCUGUCUGUAGGAGUGUAUUUUCUAUGUUGGACAAUUAACUUUGGUCGACUAGUGUCGUCCCUUAGUGCGUUAUAAUGACGAUGGUGGAUUGUGUUUUGAUAGUGGUAUGAGCUGUCACUGUUCAAUGUUUUUUUUAACUAACCGACUUUAAAAAAGGAGUAGGUUCAAAAGUGAAAAUUUUUCCCUCUGAAAUGUCAAUUUUCUACAGCAUGAAAAAAGCGAUCGAUUUUUUUACAACCAAUUUAUUUAAUUAUCUAUUAAAUGAGUAUAGAAACAAGUCGGAUCUUGGAUUAAAACGUCGCUUACCAUCAUGUGAGAUCGCAGUUGUGACUUAAUUUGUCAUUGAUAAAAAAUAUAUCGCAUGCUUACCCUGAUUACAAAACCUGUGCACACCACUUGCUAGCCUCCUCUUAAGAUGAAAAUAUUAAAGUAACUAAGUUAAUGUUAAUUGUGUCCCAAAGUGGUCGAUUCCCUCUCUAUUUCUAACUUGUCUUUUUAACCGACUUCAAAAAUAGAAGGUUUCUCAAUUCGACCGUAUAUAUUUUUUUUCAGUUAUAUUUUCUGAAUUCAUGUUCUUCCGUUUAUCUUGUGUACUUUUUUAAUGUCGACAUUUUUGGGACUAUAAAUUUUAAAGCUUGCCCGAUUUUUCAAGUGAAUUGAGGAAAAUUAUUCCCAAUUGCCCAACGGGUCAAAUUGAAAUCGGAAAUAUCGAGGGUUGAUAAGGCAAAGGUUUUUGUCAACAGGAAAGGAGGUAUAAAAUAAAAACAGCUAAAAAUUAUUUAAAAAAAAAAACAUCGAACAGUGGCAGAUAUUAAAUUGUAAUAUAAUUUACAGCUCCAAACAAUAUGAAUGAUAACAGUUCAUGUAGGCGUAACUGUUAUUAUAUAGUUUAUAUAAAGCAUAAGAAGUGUAUAUGUUAUAUUUUAUAUUUUCAUUUUGUUGGGGGGAGUUAUGGGGUCUUAGGGUGUCCCUUUUCAGUAUAGAGCAUAUUUUUACAACAAUAUGGUGAUUUUUUCGCUUCUAACGUUGUAAUGAUAGAAAUCUUUAUAACUAGACAGUAGAAAUUGUGUGUCAUUUUGUUGCCGCUUUUUUGAUAUACAUACACCUCUAAAAUUAAAAAAAAAAUCAUCUCUGGAACUGCCGUUUCAGAGAUUAGCUAGAUAUAACAGAUGAAAGAAAAAUUGUGUUUUAGUAUUGUGUUACAACUUUCCAAUUUUUUUUUUUAUAUUUAUAUAAAUGUAUUUAAUAUUAAUUUGUAUGAAAAUGUACUCAAGACACCAUUUCUAUUGCCUUAGUAUAAAGAUUUCUAUUACUGUAUCUAUAUAUUGGACCCCUGUAUAUUUAUUUAUUUCAUGCCUUCCGUGGUAACAUUUUUCUGUUUUUGUUUUUUUUUUUUUAAAUAAUAUUUCAAAGACUUUGCUACUUUUAUGUCGUGUUUUAUAUAUUGUAUAUCUUAUUUCUGUAGUGUGGAUUUACUUCUUUUUGUAAUAACUGAAAAUGUUAAUAAUGAAAAAAAAAAUAAUAAAAAAAAUAUGUCAUUUGCAAAAUGUUGCAUCGGUAUGGGCUGUUAAUGUAUAUAUAUUUAAUAUAUUGUGAAAUUUUACCUGUAAGCAGUUUCAGUUCUAUAUGUAUAUUAAUGUUUUUGUUUGUUUUGUUAUCAUCUCUGAAAUAUAAUAAAUAGUUGUAUAGACGUCCAUCUUUAUUGAUUUUGCACGAACGAUUUUAUUUGUUUUUUGUGUUUCAAUUUUAUCAAAAUGUUUUCCAUAUUUCAGAAAUGGCAACACCGCUCUGUAUUUUUCACGAUCAUUAGCAAAGUUUGUACUUUUAAUCUCAUCAAAACUAAUUAUUAUUAUUUUUCACUUGCGUUUUAUUUUGUCGUUUUCACUUAAUCGUAAUUUUAUUGUCGCAUCACAGUCUUUUUUUUUAAUGUUGUUCCGUCAUAGUUCAUAUUGUAUUGUACUUAUCCCAUUAACGAUAUUCGCUAAAGGUUACUUGGAAAGAAAAAAAUGUGUAGAAAAUCCGAAAAAAAAAAUACGUUUGUAAUAAUUAGAUACAAGUUCGCAUAUAAUAUUAUGUUUGAUUAGUGAUUAAUCUAAUGUAAUGUACUUGUGACUUUGUAUUGCGUCCGGAACACCUCGGACUGCUGUUGUUAUUUUUGGCAACACCAUUGUUGCUGAUGGCAACAACAUUGAUGUUGAUGGCAACAUACCUGACGGCUGUUGUUGUGGCAACAACAAUGUUGUUGGCGGCAAUAUACCUGACGGCUGUUGUUUGUGGCAACAACAAUGUUGUUGAUGACAACAUUCUUGACGGCUAUUGUUUUUGGCAACAACAUUGUUGUUGAUGGCAACAUUCCUGAUGGUCGUUGUUUGUGGCAACAACAUUUUUGUUGAUACCAACAGAUCUGAUGGCUGUUUGUAGCAACAACGUUGUUGUUGCUGGCAACAGAAACGGGUCCGCGGCAGCCUUCAAUCAGGGACAUUUAAGACCAGGUUGCUACGGGCCCAUAAAGGCGACACAGCCCAGUAAAACCAUUGAGGCUAUCAACUGAAACCAUUACCUCAGUACAAUACGCCUCAAUAGUAUUAUUGGGCAUAGUGUUAUUGCCUCUAGGUUUAUCGGUGACUAAUGUACUAUUGUUUGGAAUGAACAUACGGUGGCUUUUAAGUUUCUUUUGUGUCUUGGUCGUUCUCAAUUUGUAAUAACAGGAGACUCGGAAUUAUUUAGUAACAAAAAUUUCGUAUGUCGUCAUGAAAAAUCAUUGCAAUGAUUUUUUGGCAUUUCAUAUUUUAAGAGACCUCGUAAAGAAAACACCGAUUGAUAUCUUACGCUACUAAUGCGUAUUUUGUUUGCGUGAAACUGUGGAGAAAUGAUUUUCUUGAACUAUUUGAAGUCUCCUGUUAAUUCAUAUUAUACUCUCCCAUGGUAUGUUCAUUCAAGACCAUAGUUUUUUUUACAAGAAAAAAUGAUUUACUAACUGACCUAGAGGCACAGUUUUGUCCCUAAACUAACUUCGCAGGCCACGUUAUAACUUAAAUUUGUGGCGAAUGAGCUUUUUGUCAGUAAUGUAAUUUUAAAUUCGUAAAAAGUUAAAAAUUCACACCGUUUAUAAAAGUAUACCUAAUUUAAUUUUAUCCUUUGAGACGAGAGCAGUGUACGUAUUUUCUAUUCAUAAUUUUUGGAUCACAUCGCUAAUCAGCACACAUUAAUGUUUAAUUAAAAAUAUAUAAAAAAAAUACAAAAAAAAAAUAUAUGAUAUGUAGAAUACAAAUUUCAAAAUCUUAAAAAUCUUGACACGCUCUCGCCUUAAGAUGCAAGUGGGCUUGUAACCGAUCGCUAACUUGUGCUUGGUUACAUGCAGAUUUGUUGUUCAUAACAAUAUAAAUAUGUAUUGAUUUUCCUUUUCUUUAAUAAAACAUCUCUGUAAUUCGUUAGAGGGGAAACUAAAAAUAUCUUGUAAGCCGGGGUAGGAGUACUCGAGGGAUUUCACAUUUUUUUUUUAAUUAUUUGGUGCCAAAGUUGACCUCAACUGUAAUCAGGGUUGCCACCUUUAGGGAAAAAGAAUCUGGAUGAUUGGGCAUCCAUCAGAGUCGUUCGAAGUUUAGCCCAAUCAAAAUAUGACCCAUGUGAGACAGUCCAAGGAAAAUAAAAUUUUAUUGUGUUUUUAUUUGUAUUUAUUUUAUUAGUAUAGAUAAUAAAUUUUUCCAUACGUAUUUUUUCUUGUUACGAGCCGCUUUUAGUAAUUCUAUAUGAUUUUUGUAUUUAUUUAUGAAGUCUGAACAAGACGUGUAUGUUCAAAGAAAUUAGCAAUUCUGCUUUUAUCAAAUCUGCCGAGCUAUGAUGAAUCGCGUUGUAGAUGGCGCGGUGGCGCGUGAUUGGGUUGAGUAUCUGUGAAUGAAUCGAUUGAGCCUAUCGCAUAUUGUUAAAAAUCGGGACAAAAUCGUUAGGCCUGUCCCGGCAAAAUCGGGACGGGUGGCAACUCUGACUGCAAUAUAGAUAAUAUAGAAUAAAAAGAUUAUAAAUGAAACUACUAGGAAGCCAUGGACACUAAAGCAAUUUCAGUAUUUGUAAUUUGUAUUGUAAUUAUUGUACAACAGCACACGAUAAUAGUAACGUCAUACAAUACACACAUUGGCACCAAUCGUUUAGUUAAACAUUGUGUAGACGACUUAGCUUAGAUGAUAAAUUCAUUAUUAAAUUGGAAUUAUUAGAUGUAACAGUUAUCUCGAUUAGUUAGAAGUGGUUAUCCCUGAAAAUAGUUACCAUUUUCGUUAUGUUAGGUUGUGCUCACUACUCUGGUACUUGCCACCUGUGGAAAGAAUAUAAUAAAAAUAAACAAACCAAAA